AUGGUUUUUCCAGGCAAGCUAAGCUCCGGCUGUGUACUCUGUCGGAAGCGAAAGGUCAAGUGCGACGAAGGCAAGCCGGGCUGUCAGCGCUGCAGCACGCACGGGGUCUCUUGUCCAGGCUAUCCCGACUCCUUCGCUUUCCGAGGAUAUGAGCUUGCGCAGGGAAGCACUGCCGGGAAGUUGAAAGUCGUCCGAAACGCGAGGUCAUCUCCCUCUAGCCCACGUGAGCUGAAGCAGAAGAAGGUCGACUCCGCGAAGAUGCAGCCAAGAAGCACGAUUGCUUCAAUCAUUCCAGAGGACAGCGAGCUGAUGUCACUAUGCUACUUUCACCACCACCAUGUGCUGAGAGUCCAGCGAUCGCCCUGCGAGGGCCAUCUGGCCUUCUUCCCGGACCUCUUCCAAGAGCGGGGCAACGAUCCGUGCUUCAAGCAUGCCGUUCUCUCGGUGUCCUACCUGACGCUCUUCCACAGGGCGCGGGUGCCCAAGUUCCAGAUCAAUGCACGAAGGCACUAUGGUGUGGCCUUGCGGCUGUUGAAUCAGGCGCUGAGCUUCAGCCAGGCGCAAGUACGCGAUGAGAUCUUCGCCGCCUCGUUGUUCUUGAGCAUGUUCUCGGAUUUGAGCGGGGAGGGUGCGACGACAGGAUCCCUGAACCCCCACAUCCCCGGCAUCUACUCCCUCAUGCAACUGCGCGGCGUCCCGUCGAGAAGCAACAAGUAUAGCCGGCGCCUCUGCGGCUGGGCGUACACCCAAAUGCAAGUGCAAGCGAUGAUCCGCCGGGAAUUCCGAUAUGCCUGCAUGCCGCCCUCCUUCGACGGGAUCACCCGCCCGUGCACCGUGAUCCGCUCCUCGAUCCUGACGGGCAAACUCUCCGACUUCUGCAUGCAGGUCACCGUCGCUCGUUGUCGCACGAGCGCCUCGUCCCCGAUCCCCGCCGACACCCUGCACGCGCUGCUGGUCCAGGCGUGCACCCUGCUGAUCGAGCUCCACAACUGGCAAGCCACCAUCCCCGACCACUGGCGCAACCAAUAUGAGAAUCCUACACCCGCACCUACACCCUCGCCGCUCUCCGAGCACGCCGCCGCCGAUUCUCACAGCACGUCCGAAUCCAGCGCGCGGGAUCCGUGGACCACCUGCUUCCUAGCCGGGGUGCAGGCGGCCCAGAUCUCGUUCUACCAGCAGUUCCUCGACUGCUGGGAGGAGUGGUGCUUCCUGCAGGGCCGACACGCUUCCCUACCCGAGUUGGCGGUGCUGGGGCUUCCGGAUGAUCCGGCGAUGUUCCUGCUGGAUGGGAUCGCGUAUCUGGUGGAGGUGAUCUGCGCGACGGUCACGAGUACGCUUGGCGGUCUUGAUGCAGAGGCACGCCACCGAUUCCGGUUGCAUGAGCAUGCCAAGCUGGCCAAUGGGUAUACGCUGCUCUGGCCGAUGUGGGUGGUCGUCAACUGCCCCUUCGCCGACCCGGAUCAGAUCAUGCUCUGUCGGGCGGCGAUUGAGUGUGUGGGCUCCACCAUGGGGUAUAAGCUGGCCUUGCAUUUAAUUGAGCCGGGCCGUGGGGGUGGGCUGACUCCUGACUGA